CAUCUUUGUCCUACUUUUAAGUUUUGAAACAGAUCCCAGGAUGACUGGUCGCAAACACAACCUAACCUCGAAACCGUAGUCAACGUCGAAGUCAAGUUACCCGAGGUCUGUAAAAUUUCACUGCGGCAUAUGUGGCAGUUCAAGCCUUCAAGUCGUACGCGUACGCUCGAUGCCUCUCACCUCGGCGAUGUAAUUUGUAUCUCGAUAUUCCCGACUUUCUUCCUCGAUACCCAUCGACACGACGCGUGCGCGCGAUAGAUAGCCUAGUGUAUGUGACGUAGUCCAGUCAUGCGUCGGCGGCAUGAACGUCCAGGAGGCCAAAACAACGUGACAGCAACAUCAGCAGCGAAUCUUUAAAAGAUUGUUAAAAAGAGACGAAUCAGAAUGUCGUGGAGUCGCAGGAAAGACGGCCUCUUGGCCAAAGUCAACUUUCCACCGUAUACAUUGGAGAUGCUCACCAGCAGGCACGUUCUCGUCGGCGGUGGCGGUGGAUCCUCUAAAACAGGUGUCGCCAAUGGAUUUGAAAUAUUUGAGCUAUCUCACGAUGGAACACAGUUUGUUGCUGAAGAAUUCACUCGUUAUGAAACUGGACCCAAUGUUGUGAUGAACAGCGCAACGCACAAUGAUGGAAAAAGGAUGUGGCUAGUUGCAGGUCAAGAAAGCCACUGUCAGUUGUAUAAUAUUCAGGCAAAAGUGGUAGUCACAGAAAAUGGAGAAAUUCCAAAAAAGACUGGUUUUCCUAGUAGAGAGGAGCUUAGGCAGCGAAGGAAAAGUGAAAGGAAGGAUGAAACACCUUUAAAGCGAGAAAAUGUUGAAGAAAUCAAGGAUGAGGAACCAAAGGCAAAGCACAAAAAGCUACAACUUAUUAUUAAACCUUUAGAUAGCAUACAAACGGACUUUGGAAAAGCAGAACCUUUUCAAAGAGUGGUUAGAAUAAGUCCCAAUGGAGGUCUGAUGGCCACAGGUGGAACCGAUGGUUAUGUGCGUCUCUGGAAUUUCCCCCAGAUGAUCAAACUUCAUGAUCUAAUGGGACACAGCAAAGAAAUCGACGACAUCGACUUUUGCCCCAAAAGCAAGCACCUUGCCACUGUUGCCAAGGAUGGCAAGUUGAUAAUUUGGGACGUUACCAGUGGCUCCAAAACUAAGGAGCUCACUUGGACCCCGUCCGAUGACGAGAAGUCUUUCUUCAAGAGGUGUCGCUUUCGGAAAACGGUGGCGGACAGUCCCGCGAUUCCUCAGCAACUGUUUGCCCUCUCGAAAUCUCUGCCACCACGAGACAGGAGAAAUAGAAGCAAGACCCAGUAUGGUUACUUGCAGUUGUGGAGCGUGGACUUAGGAAAAAUUGAGAAAUUAGUGACGUACAAAGAAGAUCUGUCGGCUCUAGCUGCCUCUGACGACGGUAAAUUCGUAGCAGUCGGUACGAUGUCUUCUGGCACUGUAGAUAUGUUCAUAGCCUUUAGCCUACAGAAAGUAUGGCACGUGCCCGGUGCGCACAAAAUGUUUAUCACGGAUCUGGAAUUCUUGCCGACCAAACUCGACGGGCCGGCUAUCACGAGCAACGCGGAAGCUGCCGUUGUCAGCUGCUCUAUCGACAACAAAAUCUGUAUCCACAGCAUACCGUUCAGACAUGCAUUGCCCGUUUGGCUGUUCCUGAUCUUCAUAGUUCUAAGCAUCUGCGGUGCAUUUAUACUGUGCAGUUAUUUGGGCAUUUGACCAAAAGCAUGCGAAACGAUUGUCGCAUCGAGUCCGCAAUUUGUACAUUACAAUCCCAGGAUAUCAGGAUCGCAAAUUUCACGAUGACGUGGAUUUUUCGACGAUGCAAGAAGAAAAUAGGAACCAAUUGCAACGCGAACACAAAAAUCAACUUUUAAUUAUAACAAUUCUCGCAAUUGUUCUUUGUUUUGCACAGUACGAUUAGACGUUGUUGUCAAGCCAGAACAAGGUGUUAGAGUCUUUAUCGGUAUAUAUAUAUAUAUUUUGUGAAGUACUACACUGUUCAUUGAUUAUUGUUUGAAUAGGUGAAAAGUUGAUGAUGCAUUAAAUUAUUGUAAAUGAUAUUGUUUGUCCUUGAGCUGUGUGUUCUCUUUUUUUUGAAUUCUAUCGACAUUGUAAACUUUAUAUUUUUAAACUGUCAAGUAGCAUUUAAGUUUUAUUAGAGUGAAGAGAAGUGCAUCAUGGUUAUUUUUUAAAUUUGGUUUAUAUACAAGAUUAAAAAGAGCUCGAAAACGAGCUUGAGCAAACUAGUUAUCGUUCAUUUCAGCGCUUCACCCAAUUAUCGUGCAUUUUUUAUAAAUUAACUGUUGAACAAGUUUUCGUUAUGUACUAUACAUAUAUACUUUGUAAGCUUAAAAGGACUUGACACACAUUUAAAGUGUGUUCUGUGAGCUUUGUUUUCGUACUACUUGACGUUGAAGCGCAUUUACUUUGUUUCGAUUUUAUUAUUAUUUAUUUAAUCAAACGAUAAUUUUACAACCAAGUAAGACUUUCUUUGUUUUCAUCGGGUUCGAAGCCAACACAUCGCGAAGCAAUAAGAUUGAUUUUUGCGGCGAACGAAGAAGACUCAGAUGUAGAUUGAACUUUAGUUGUAUAGGAAAUUUUUAGACAGCUGUCAAUUCAAAGACUCGAAUGAAUCCUUUUUCUUUCUUUGAGUAGUCGCGCUUCUAAGAUGGCGCAUUACCCACGUGACUUUGUUACGUGAUAACUUUCAAUUUCGGGCUUGGAUCGUGUGGACCUAUCUAAUUACGAAACAGAUGUGUCAGUGAGUGGGGCGGUCCAAGGUCCCCGCAGUUGGUCCAACGGUCCACUCCCACAGCUGACGUGUUUGCUGACUUGACACACUAGUUUUGUGUUUACACGAAGCAUAUUGAGCUACCUGCUUCACUUAUCUGCAUGACCACGUGUUCUUUGAUCCAGUAUCAUCAACCUACACUUACUUAUUGGCGGACGUUGAUGGUAAGGAGUCUGUUUUAAUCGAUCCAGUCGUCGAAUGGGCCGAAAGAGAUACGAAAACGAUACAAGAAUUGGGUCUUAACUUGAAGUAUGCAAUGAAUACACACAUGCACGCAGAUCACAUAACCGGAACCGGAAAAUUGAAGAAGCUUUUACCCGGAUGUAAAUCUGUGAUAUCGAAGGCCAGUGGAGCACAGGCGGACUUGUUUCUGAAUCCAAACGAUGAAAUCAAAUUCGGAAAACACAUCUUGAAAUGUUAUCCAACGCCUGGACAUACAGAAGGCUGCAUGACAUACGUUUGCGAGAAACAAGGUAUUGCAUUUACUGGUGAUACUUUGCUGAUAAGAGGCUGCGGAAGAACAGAUUUCCAGGUAAAUCCAGGAUUCGUUAAAAGAAAUAGUUUGCCGAAAAUUCUUAGAUAAAACCAGCUGGGCGGCUCAGCAGAAACUUUGUACAAAUCUGUUCACUCGGUGAUUUUCAAGUUGCCGGAUAAUUUUAAGCUUUAUCCGGCUCACGACUACAACGGUCGAAUGGUCACGACUGUGGCCGAAGAGCGUACAUACAAUCCGAGAUUGACCAAAUCGCUGGAAGAGUUUGUUAAAGUUAUGAACAACUUAAAUUUGCCUUACCCCAAAAUGAUUGAUAAAGCUGUCCCAGCUAAUAAAGUUUGUGGACUAUAUGAAGUAGACCAGAAAAAAUAAGAGAUCAAAACUCUUGAAUAAAAAGAACGAUAUCAUAAUCAAAGAAAGUGCAAUAACGACGGAGCAUAAUAAUUUUAUCUAUGUAUAUUUGGAUGUACAUUUGGAAAAAUGAGAUUUGUAAAUAACAAUUAACAUUAUUUUUUAUAUCAGUGUAUGUACCAUAUUCAAGAUAAUAAAAAGAAACGGAAGCGGGAA